AUGAGUGGCGCCAAGCGCCGUAAAUUGACAAAAGAGAAAGAGGAGAAAGAGUCGCUCAUAACCCAAAAAAUUCCGCGAAUUGAUACUUUUUUCAUCAAUCGGGAAACAAUUGAAGAAACGGCGCAAACAUCAAGUUCUGCUACAACUGAAGAUUCGACGGGCGAGCAAAUAUCGCGUUUGCAAGUAGAAUCUAUUGUCGAAAAUGAAAAGGAGGCUGAGGAGGAGAAAAUAAUCGACGAAGUUACGAAUUCAGUGACUUCUGCAGCUGAAACUCGUGCCGAUGGUCACGAUCGUGAUUUUUCUCUUGCUGACCCUGAAGGCUUCAACGACUGGAAGAAUGAUGUGCGAAUAGCUGAGCAUGAGAGAAGUCUUGGUCAUCGAGAAAAUACACAAAAGCAUGUAGUGCGAGGAAAUUUAUUGGGAAAGAUUGAUAGCAAGUUACAUGUGCAAUACAUUCAAGAAUGUAAUUACUGGCGACAAGUACUGACUCGCGUUAUAAUUGCGAUAAAGUUUCUUGCAACCCGAGGCUUGGCUUUCCGAGGAACAGAAGAGAAAUUUGGAUCGGUCAGCAAUGGCAAUUAUUUGGGUAUUCUUGAAGUGAUGGCUCGUAACGAUCCAUUUCUCCAAAAUCACAUCGAUCGGUUCGGAAAUCCAGAAAAAGGAAACGUAUCGUAUUUUUCUAAGGAUAUUUGCGAAGAAUUCAUUGCGAUGAUAUAUGUUGAUGUACUCAAAAAAUUGAUUUCGGAUGUAAAAGCCUCCAAGUAUUAUGCGAUAAGUGUAGAUUCGACUCCCGACAUUUCACAUUCGGAUCAGUUGACGUUCAUUAUCCGGUACGUGUGCAAAAACGGAGAGCCCGUAGAACGUUUUUUGCAAUUUAUACCUAUUGAAGGUCACCGCGCGUCUGAGAUAGAGCAGGCGAUUAUGCAGGUAUUGUUCAACAAAGAUAUCGACAUAAAGGACUGCCGUGGACAAUCAUACGACAAUGCGAGCAAUAUGUCGGGCUGUUACGGUGGGGUACAAGCCAAAAUUAUCGAACGUAAUCCUUUGGCGAUUUACGUCCCGUGCGCAGCGCAUUCCCUUAAUUUAGUAGGUCAAGCAGCUGCUGAUUGUUGUUCGAGAGCGACCAGAUUUUUUAUGUUCGUGCAACACGUCUACACAUUCUUGAGUGCAUCUACGUCCAGGUGGGGACAAAUAAAAUCGAAGGUCGAAAAUCAGCCUGGAAUGCUCUUGCCCAAAAGUUUGUCCGGCACAAGAUGGUCAGCUAGAGCGGAAGCAUGUCGAGCACUCGUAAGAUCGUGGGAGAGUCUGCGAGACGCCCUCGACGAUAUUGCGGAAAAUGGUUCCGAAAAGCCAUCCACAAAAGCCGAAGCCGAAGGAUUGUCGCAACAAUUUGGUUUGCUGGAGACCGCCAUAAUGGCUGUGACUUGGAGCGAUAUCUUGGAGCGUUUCGAAAAAACGAAUAAAAGUCUCCAGCGCGUUAACAUCGAUUUGACAACAGUUGUACAACUGUAUGAUGCCCUCCAAGCAUUUGUUGUCGGUUUGCGUGAUCGUUUCGACGAUUAUGAAGAGAAAGCAAAGGAGCUAUCUCAAUGCAACGAAUAUGCGCAUGAGAAUCAACGACGCAGAAGAAGGACCGCUCGAUUUGACGAGGUAAGCGGUAAUGAAGCGAUAUUGGAGGGAAAACAAAACAUGCGUAUAAAAAGGUUUCUCGUCAUACUCGAUCGAUUGUCAGGCGAAUUAGAAAAAAGAAGUCUCGCCUAUAAAAAUGUCAACGCUCGCUUUGGCUUUCUCAGUCGUUUGCCAUCACUCACGGAUGCAGAGAUCAUCACACAAUGUGAAGAUUUACGAACGACAUACUCCACCGAUCUCGACAACGAUUUUGGUGAAGAAUGCAUACAUUUCCGGAAUUUUAUCCGGGAAAUCAGAUUGACGGAGGAUGAAAUCAACAUUGGGAAAUGUUUGAUGAUCAUUCGCGAGAAGAAUAUUGUUGCUACAUUCCCCAAUAUGGAUAUCGUUUUUCGAAUGUAUCUCACGCUUUUCUCCAGUAAUGCUACAGGGGAACGUUUCUUUUCGACGUUGAAAAGAGUGAAAUAUUAUUUACGGAAUACGAUGGGUCAGAAUCGUCUCUCUAGUCUCGCGUUUUUAUCGUCGAAUUCAGAGCUUGUUGAUAUGGCAGAGACCGAUGCAAUCAUCGAUAAAUUUGCAAGAUUAAAAGCGAGAAAGCGAACGUUUUAA